GUCGGCAAAAAAAAUAGAAAAAGAAAAAAAGUAGUAAUCUUUGCAGAAUAGCGAUAGCCUCUGUUUCAGAAGGGACUCAUCUGCUCUGGAGCUAAGAAGAAGAAGAGCUGAUAGAAAAUGGACGAUUAUACCAGGGAGAUGAUGGACCUCAAAACCCUCGUCACUCGAACCCUCGAGAAGAAAGGCGUUCUCGCCAAGAUCCGAGCUGAACUUAGGGCAAAUGUCUUUGAGGCAAUUGAGGAGGAGGAUAGAGCAAUUGAAAAGGAUGAAGGCUUGCCUCCAGCUCUAUUAGGCAGCUGCAAUGAUCGUGCUAAACAUCUUCAUAAUUCUCCAUCAGGAAGGCUACUAACUGCACUUGUAUGUGAAUAUUUGGAUUGGGCUCAAUUAAACCAUACAUUGAAAGUUUAUUUGCCAGAGUGUAAUUUGCAAAAGGAUUUCUGGAAAUCUGAGUUAAAAGAAUUUAGUAGCAAGAAUGGAUAUGAUCUUAACAUGAAUGGAGACAGUGGACCGUUACUUUUGGAUGUUCUUGAAGGAUUCUUGAAGUAUGAGAAUUUAUCUCAAGCAAGGGGUGCUGGAAGGAGAUUGACCACGCCAGAGGCUGAAUCAUUGCCCAACUUAGAAAUGCGGGACAGUAGGAGACCUCCAUCUUCAUCAGUUGCCGGGGGCUUACCUCCAUUGGGAAGGCCAGUUCCUGUUUCUCAGGCAUCUAGUAAUAGACGAGCAGGGUCAUCUGUGUCUGGAUACAGGAAAGAUGAAUACAACUGGAGAUAUGAGAGCGAUGAGGUUGAAGAAGAUGUAGUCCGUGCUUCAACUGCCUUGGAAAACCUUCAGUUGGAUAGAAAAGCUCGGAACCUUUCCACCUCUUGGCGAUAUGCAGGGAAUGGCGUUUCUGAGCAUAAUGACAGGGUAGAGUAGAGGUAGGUAGAAGGGGUAUUAUUUCUAAAUGAUAAAAUGGUGGAUCUGUUCCCUUAUCAUGUGUUAUAUAAUAUGCUUUGUAAUGAGCAUUGAUGAUAUGUAUCUUGUAUGAUUAAAACAUUUCUGUAUUUUACUAAUUUUAAAUGGGCUUCCUUGACGUUAAA